AUUUUUACGGAUUUUUUGGAGCGUGUCCCUGAACGUCUCAGUGUGACCGAUGAGAGUUCACAUCUCGCGGGACUACACCGCCCCUGCGCUUGCGUUGACCUCAUCUAUGCGCAGAUCUCGCGAUGUUCGGAGGGGGCGGGGUGCAGCAGGAGGGAGCAGAGAUGUUUGGAGGCUUUUUUUUAAUAUAAAAUUAUUUAUUUAAAUAAAAAUGGCCGCCGUGGAGAGCGGAGAGGAAAGACUAGAGGAGGGUCAGGAGGGGGAGGAGGGACCUGUCGACCCCCAGCCUCCCUCCAGAGAGAGAGACAGGUCCCACAGUAAGACCAAGAAGGCCCGCAAGGAGCGUCACCAUGCCGAGCGGGGGGCGGAGACCACAGCCUCAGUGCUUCAGCCACAGGCGGGGGCGGAGCCACAGACCCAGGCGUCGGAGCCGGUGGCGGGCCCCUCAGAGCCGGGUUCAGAGUCGGCGGCCGGCAGUGAGUCUGCAGGUUCUCCCAGGCAGCGGCGCUCCGUCAUCCGGGACCGCGGGCCACUGUACGACGACCCGUCGCUGCCUGAAGGCUGGACCCGCAAACUCAAACAGAGGAAGUCUGGACGAUCAGCGGGCAAGUUUGAUGUCUAUCUGAUCAACUCGGAGGGAAAAGCGUUUCGUUCCAAGGUGGAACUUAUCGCCUACUUCCAGAAGGUCGGCGACACGACCACCGACCCCAACGAUUUUGAUUUCACUGUCACCGGUCGUGGUAGCCCCUCCCGCCGCGAGAAGCGUCCCCCCAAAAAACCCAAGGUGGUGAAACCAUCGGGGCGAGGCCGGGGGCGGCCCAAAGGCAGUGGGAAAAUGCGGCAGGCGACAGAGGGCGUGGCCAUGAAACGUGUAGUUGAGAAAACUCCGGGCAAACUGCUGGUCAAGAUGCCCUUCGGCAAGGCAGAGUCCUCCAUUGGCACCACCUCCACUGCCUCAAAGGUGGUGUCUCCUGCCCUGGUGCCCAAGUCCCGUCCCGGCAGAAAGAGGAAAUCAGAACAGGAACUUCCAGCCCCACCACAGACCGCUCCGAAGAAGCGGGGCAGGAAACCUGCCUCAGCCUCAGCAGCAUCAUCGGUCGCCACAGCAUCCAGCUCCACGGCAUCAACCUCUGGUAGCUCAACAGCUGGAAGCUACGCUGCAGCUGCCAUUUUAGCUGCAGAGGCCAAACGGAGAGCAGCCAAGGAGUCUUCCACCAAACCUGUUGUCCAGGAAACAGCCCUGCCAAUCAAAAAACGCAAAACGAGAGAGACAGUGGAGGAGAGGGAGAGCGUUCAGACUCCAACCACUACAACAACUGAGACUGAAAAAAGGGUCUCUGUAGAGGGGGAGACAGGUAAAGGGGAGGGAGCAGCAACCUCAGAACCUCAGCCCGCCCCUUCUGAGCAGAGUCCGUCACAAUCACAGAAGCAGCCCGCUGGUUCAGAUGAAAGCCAACCACAUGGACACAAGGCGCAUAAAGGGAGGAAGCACAAGGAGAAAACGGGAACAGCAGCAGGAGAAGGAAGAAGCAGAGGAGAGGAAGUAGAUGAAGAUGUAGGUGAUAAGGGAGGAGAGGGAGGAGGUGGAGGAAGGAGUAGCAGCAGCAGCAGUAGCAUUAGCCCAUCAAAAAGCCACAAAAGGAAGGAGCGACCACCUCACAAACACCACCACCAUCACCACCACCACCACCACCAUCAUCAUCAUCGCCACCAACAUUCCUCUGCCUCCACAUUGGAUCAGCCUCCUCCUCCUCCUCCAGCCUCUGGACACCCAGCACCCUCCAGUCAGUCCAGGCCUGAAGUCAAGCCCCAGACUGUGCCUCAGCUCACCACUCAACAACUGCAGCACACUCAGCAAGCUCUUCCCAGACCACAAUCCAAGUCUGCCCCUCAGUCCCCACCUGAACCUCGGCAUCCUCCUCCUCAGCCGCGGCAUCAGCCUCAACCGCGUUUCCAGCAGCAUCCUCAGACCCAGUCUCCCAGCCAGCCCCAAGUCCAGCCUCGAUACCCAGCAUCCCAGCCCUCUCCUACCAGGCAUGUCUCGCCCCAGUCAAGGUCCCAACAACCCCCACCCCAAACCCACAGUCAGACCCCAGCUUCCCCUCAAAAAUCCCAGUCACAGCUUGUCCACUCCCCAGCCCAGCACCAAAUCCAGCCUCAGGCUCAGCAUGCUCCACCUCAGUCACACCCUCCUCAGUCCACAUCCAUUCUGCACGUUCAUCCACCCCAAACAAGGCAUCCGCAUCCACAAACCCAGUCUCCCACAAUACUCCAACCUCAAACCCAACCCAGGCACCCCCCUCAACCCCAAACCCAGCUCAAACAACAAUCUCAACCCCAGCCCCGGCAAUCACUGCAGCCUCAACUCCAACCCCAGGCUAGGACCACCGCCCAACUUCAGACUCAACUGCAGCUCAGAACCCCUGCCCAAAUGCAGCCUCAAACCCAGUCUAGGGCCCCAGCCCAAACUCAGCAUCAACCUCAGUCCAGGCCCCCAGUCCAAAUUCCGCCUCAACCCCAGUCCAGGACCCCAACCCAAACUUCGCCGCAACCUCAGUCCAGGAUUGCAGCCCAAACUCCGCCUCAACCCCAGUCCAGGACCCCAACCCAAACUCCGCCUCAACCCCAGUCCAGGACCCCAGCCCAGACUCCGCCUCAACCCCAGUCCAGAACCCAGGCCCAAACUCAGCCUCAACCGCAGUCCAGGACCCCGGCCCAAACUCAGCCUCAACCCCAGUCCAGGACCUCAGUCCAAACUCAACCUCACCUGCAACCUCGGCAUCAAGCGCAACCCCAACAGCAGACGAGGCAUCCAUCACAACACCAACUCCAGACUCAAUACAGACCGCAACCCCGACAGUCUCUCUCCCAGCCUAGGCCACCCCAGUCCCAAGCACAACCACACUUUCAGCGGAUUCAAACACAGCCACGCCCCCAACCCCACCCUCAGCUCACCAGGCCCCAUGUGCAGCACCUUGCAUCCCACCGACUGUCACCCAGUCUAACCAGAACCAACCUGGUCCCUUCUCAGCAGAACCAGAGCGAACAGCCCCAAGAUCUGAGCACCACGCGACCUGGCCGAGGAAGUCUGCUGCCGAGGCGAGAGGUCAGUGCGGAACGCGCCAGGGCGGAGGGGAGAGGGGAGUCGGCCAUGGCAUCAGAAAGCAGAGAGGUUUUAGGUGGAGAAAGAGGGUCAAACAGCACCUCGAGGCCUCCCAGCUCCAUGCCUUCUGGACCUCCAGGAGUCGCCGGGGCCGGGGUCGGUCUUGUUCCUGGGGGAGACAGUAGGGCUAGGCUCCGGGCGGAGCCAGAUGCAGCAGGUGAGGGCAGGGAGCUCAGAGACAUCGUCCCCCAGUCCGCCGUCCCCUGUCCCAGCCGAGAAGAAACGGUAGAGUCACGGACUGCCGUCAGCGAAAGAGUCAGCUGAUUGAUCGGGCUGAUUGAUCGGUAGACUGAUGGACUGAGUCAGCACCAGUUGGAAGAGGAGUGUGACUGGGCUGGUCAUGGACGUGUAAUGAUUUUACACUGUUUUCAGAUAGAAGGAUAACGUCACACAGAGCUGGUAGGACUGUCGCAGCUUCUACUCCGUCUGAUUCUGUCUGGAGACUCUGUAAAGUUCUGGAUCUGAGAACCAACCUGGCGCUGAGGGACAGCUGGAGAGGAGAACAGAUAGUGUCUUUUUCUAGGAAAAACAAACAAAGAGGAAAAACCGAUAAAAAAGUGUGUGUGUAUAUAUAAUCAAAAGGCAGCUGUUGUGUCCCGCUAGUCUCCGAGGGGAGGGGGGGAGUAGUUUGGAACUAAAAACCAACGCUUAACAACACAUUACUCUGAACGAAACGUUGCUUCCGGAAUAUAACCUGUUUUCUUUUGUUUUGUUUUUUUAUUUCGUAUUUUGAUAGUUUAUUGUUUUGUCUCUGUUAUACAGCUUUAAACUCUGAUAUUAUUGACUGACGGUCCCUUAACUCAUCGCCGUGCUGCUGACUGACAGUCCCUUAUUUAAAGUCCCGUCUCUCGCUAAGACUCCUCCUACUGACUGACAGUCCCAAACUGAAACUAGUCCACGACUGAAAGCCUCAGAGGUGAUGUGGGGCGGUGGUUUGCACCUUUAACUGGUUUCUUGGAAAUCUCACUUUUCUUUUCCUCCCCAUUUUACAUCAAGUUCACAAUAAACACAAAGGGGCGUCUGUAACGUUUUCCAUCCAAUUCCAGACCGCCCCCUACAGGUAGCGAUGUAUGAGUAUUCAUGUUUAUGACUCUACACAGACCUCAUUCUGAACUGAGUCUUUAAAACCCAUUUUAAAUAUUGUUUGAAAUGUUUGAACAGCUCGAGGCGUUCUUGUUUCCUCCCGUCAGACGCCACAACGGCCUCAGAAACAGUCGAGUCGGUGGUUUGAUAGGAAAAUCUCGAGCGCUCCUCGUUCGUUUUUCAAGUAUUUCAAACGCAGCAAGUUGUUCUUCCAGGUUAGAGAUUCUUCCAUACUGGUCUUCAUGGAAUCUGUUUGUUUCGGUAGUGUUUUUGUUUCCAAAGGAAGCGCUUUUAAUAUCAAACCAAACCCACUUUUACAGUAGCUUUAUUUUAGUUUGUAGUCUUAAUGAAAGAGUGGGAAAUGGACUCAUUUUUAUUGUGUCUUCGUGUUGAAUGUCUGGAACAGUUUGCACUCCUCCAGUUUGUACAAUCAACCGCCUGCAUGUCGCUCGGAGACCCUGCAGGCCUUCAACUGGAGCCGCACGUACACAGAGGUCGACCUCGCGGGAGGUUUACUGUCGGUCAUGUUGGCGGUGUGAGGGAGGACGUUCUGCAGAAGUAAAACCCUGAACGAGGUCUGGUUCAGCUUCACGUGGAGUCACAACACACAACAAUUCAGUGAGCAAAAGUUUGAGUCUGUACGUCCAGAUCCGGGAGCGUGAAGGAGAGAGCAGAGCAAGUUCAGCAAUGAAACAACCUGCAGGACCUCUGCUGAUGGUCUGAACUGAAAUAAACAUUCAGCAGAAACAAGUUAUUCAGUUUCAACAAAACAGACUCAGAUAUUUUAGAGUUUCUACAGUUAUAUGCUGAGUUUACCCUUCAUGAUCUGAGCUCUGAUUUUCACCAACAGUUUUUGGAGCUUGGUGACAGAGUUCCAGAUCAGAGAGAGAUCGGCGCUCCCAUGAGCAACAAUCGCUAUCUGUGAAUUUUGAGGUAUAUAUCUGGAACUCCCUGAGUCCAAAUCCUGCAGUGUGAAAUUAGUUUUGACGGCAAAUACAGCAGCGACGAACUCAAGCCAAUAUGAGCAAAAGGUACAGGGCAAGGGAAACACCAGGGGGAGGAGUCUUAACACCUGCAACAGAACUCCUUGUUUUUGACUGCAAAUCAGCGCACAAGCAGUUGGGAUGGCUUCUUGAGUGCAUCCAUUUUUGGACCUUUUCCUGUAUCAUUCCUCGUGUGUUUUGUCGACAGACUUGUCAGGUUUCCUCCUGGCUAAAGUGUGGCCGCCGGUCGCCAAUCACUUGUGUAAUGUGCAAACCCCAACGCCUUGAUGUGAUUUUGCCACAUAGGACAUGCUCCUGGAUCAACAUCCCACACUGCGCUUCUGGACCAGCAUUGCAAUCAACCAGUCACAGCCCUCUGACAUCAUCAGUGUGCUGCU